AUGCCUCCCAAGCCGGUCAACCCCCCCAGUGCCCCCGUCCUCAAGCAGGCCAUGGCAGCGAUUGUCCAGAGACAGGCCACGACCAAGUCCAACCUUGAGAAAGCAAGGACGGAACUCAGCAACAUGCAGAAGAAGAACAGUUCCGGGGUUGAGCAGCAACGGGUCAAGACCAAGAUCGCGAGGCUCGAAUCGGAGCUGGCUGCAUGGCCUGCUACCUACCAAACCGAGGUCAAGCGAUGGCUCCUUGCCCAGCCGUCUGUCAGUACCGGUGCAACCAAGGCUUUGCCCCAGGAAAUCAAGAACGAGAUUUCCAAGUACCUCCAGACUAACCGCAUCGCCCAAAUCGAGCGGGAGGUCAUCAGGAAGUAG